AAGCCAAAUCCAAAUCUCUUGGAUCUGAACGCGUUAAAUAAAAUGGGGGGGCGGGUAGAGAGAAGGCCUGGGAACACACCUAGGAGGCAGAGCCCAGCAGAAGAGCCCCUAGAUUCUUUAUUCAGGCUGGACAAUUGAUUGAUUAGGGGACAGUCAGCGGAAAGGCUAGGAUGGGGACAUGGAGGGGGACUGGGUUUGGACUGGGAAGAGCCGCAGUUCCCAGUCUCGUCCAGGUCUAGCCUGAGUUUCCUCCGGGAGGUCCGGAAAUGCGGCGUUGCCUGGCCCCUCACAGCCACCGUAGAGUCCCUGUUGCCAUGGCUCCGAGAUUCCGAAGUCGGCGCGCGCGCGGAGGGUGGCUUGAGAGGUGAAGGGCGUCCUGAAGCCUGGGUCUGGCCUCCGAGGCAGCGAAGCGAGAGGUGCCAUGGGCCGGAGUAAGCGACCCCACCCAUCGCCCUCCUUCGUGGCCCUGCGGGCUUCGUGGCGGGUCCCAGGGGCCUCCCGCCCCCGGCUCGGUCCUCGGCCCGCCGCAGACCAGGCUGCGCCAGGAGCUCGCCCACAGCCUCGCCUUGGGGAAGAGCCCAGGUUCCAUCUGGAGACGGACCUGCGAAGAGGGGGCGGAAAGGCCCUGGCUUGCGAAAGGGGCGGCGGAGCGGGCUUGGAGUUGGCCUGGGGCGCCGGGCGGGCCGCGCGCCCCUUGCCCAGCUGCGUGGGCCUGGACUCGUCCCUGCCCUGCAGCCGCCGCCAGACCCGUGCAGGGAGGCCCUGUGACCUGGUGGUUGAGGGCACGGACCCCGGAGGCCAAGUCAAGACCUCCCUCCUCCUGCUACCUCUCCUCUGUGACUCUGAGCUGGUGACUGCAUCUUUGGGCCCCAGCUUCCUCAGGUCCAGAAUGAAGUACGGCACUCUGAUACUUUACAGGCCUAGUAAAUGGGACUUUUGUACAGUCCCUCCUCAUCUCUUAUCGCAAGAGUGCCAUCGUUAAUAUUCUCUUUUAAGCAAGAUACUGUGCCAAUGAUAAGGUCUCUGACCUGGGGUUGCUGACAGCCUGGGGAGGGGAGAAGCAGCGGGAGGGAUUUGUAAAUGCUAAAACCCCAUUCUUAACCAGUUCCUGCUACUUCCUCCCCAGCCCUUCCCCAGCUCUUGAUGUGCCUUUUUCUUUUUCUCUCUGUUCAUCAACCACUUCCGCUUUCUUUGUGGAUUACCUCUUGCUGUCUUCCCGUGAAUCUCCCCCGCUUUCAUUUGUGAAAUCAUUGAUUUAGCAGACUAUGAUGCCUACCCUGCGGCAGCGAUGCGGAUGCAGUGGUAAAUAUGGCAGAGGUGGCCACCUUCCUAGUCGGGGUAAGGCAAGCUCUUACAGUAAAGGUCAGGAUUGAGGCCUGGUCGCAGAGGAGUGGCCAGGCCCCGAGCCCGGGCCAGCUGGAGGCUUCUCUCAGGAGCCAGUGUUGUCUGGAAAGCAAACAGUGGAGGCCUGUGAAUUCCAGAGUCACAGAAGAUCUUAUUAGGCGGAAUGCUGAACACAAUGACUGUGUAAUUUUUUCCCUGGAGGAACUUUCCUUGCAUCAGCAAGAAAUAGAAAGACUAGAACAUAUUGACAAAUGGUGCCGGGAUUUAAAAAUUCUCUAUCUUCAAAAUAACCUUAUUGGAAAAAUUGAAAAUGUUAGCAAACUCAAGAAACUUGAAUACUUGAAUUUAGCUCUAAACAACAUUGAAAAAAUUGAAAAUUUGGAAGGAUGUGAAGUGCUGACAAAACUUGACUUGACUGUGAAUUUCAUUGGAGAGCUGAGCAGUGUUAAAAGCCUGACACACAACAUCCAUCUGAAGGAGCUCUUUCUCAUGGGUAACCCAUGCGCUGACUUUGAUGGCUACAGGCAGUUUGUGGUGGCCACACUUCAGCAGUUAAAGUGGCUAGAUGGUAAAGAAAUAGAUCGUUCAGAGAGGAUUCAGGCACUGCAGAACUAUUCAGUAAUUGAACAGCAAAUCAGAGAUCAGGAAAAAGCUUACCACCUCAGGAGAGCCCAGGAGAAAGAAGAGGCUCUGAGGAAACUGGCGGAGCACUGUGAAAAUGAAGGCAAGAAGAGGAGGAGCAGCCCGGGCUUUGACGGGCUUCCCUACCCAGACACCCACGCGACACCCCCAUCUACUUUAGAGAGCAAAGGCCAUGUCCAGGUACCAGAAAUACAAGAAGCACAUGACACAAAGAGAUUAAAUGAAAGUGAAGAUGACCUGGAAUUCUGGAACAAACCCUCUGUGUUUACUCCUGAAUCUAGAUUGGAAACUCUUAGACAUAUGGAAAAACAACGGAAAGAACAAGAAAAAUUAAGUGAAAAAAAGAAGGGAGUGAAGCCACCGCGGACUUUGAUUACUGAAUCCGGGAAGGCCCUGAAUGUCAAUGAGCCCAAGCUUGACUUCUUUCUGAAAGAUGAUGAAAAACAUAACCAGAUCAUUCUUGACCUGGCUGUCUAUAGGUAUAUGGAUACCUCUUUAAUUGAGGUUGACGUGCAGCCAAUGUAUGUACGAGUAAUGGUGAAGGGAAAGCCCUUUCAGCUAGUCCUUCCUGCAGAGGUCAAGCCGGACAGCAGCUCUGCUAAAAGAUCACAGACGACGGGCCAUUUAGUGAUCUCCAUGCCCAAGGUAGAAGAAGUAAUCACAGGCAGCCGACGAACACCCAAGUCUGUGAAGACCACCUCGGAUGGCAGCAGAGAGCAGACCCACACCAGGACACGGGUGUGAGGGGAGAUUCACAGCUUCCUCAAAAGCGGAGGUGUCCACGGAGUGCUGACUGUGUGCUCACGACGCUAGACCUUCUCUGUAACUUUCAGAACUGCACUACAAGAUAAGUGCCGUUAUUUCUACUUCACUGCAGUUCUACAAGGUGGAAUUUGCCAAGAUCACGGAGUUGGCAAGUGAUGGGGCUGGGACUAUGAACCUUCGGACUUGCCUUUUUAUUCUUAUCAUGCUGUCUUUUAGUGACUAGGUUUUAAUUUAAAAAUAAUAAAAAUUUUAAUGCCUUAAUGGCUAAUGCUUUGUCUUAUUCUAAAACUCCCAACCUACCCUGAGGUAACAAAGGGAGGUAGUCCCUUGUCUUGAAUGGCUUUAUACUUUUGACUUUUAUGUUUAGGUUUAAUCCAUCAGGAAUUGACUUCUGCUUCAGGCAUGGCAACUGAAUUUCAUGCAGUAUGGAUACCUUCCUGUCCUGGUGUCUCUUAUUUAAAAGCUUGUCCUUUCUGGAUUGGUCAUCAAGAUUGUCUGUGUCACAGAUCAGACAUCCAAGGUGGUGGAGGUCUGGGUUCUGUUUCCGGACUCUAUUCUGUAUAACUUCCUUAAUUUCUACAGCUUUAGAAAAGUCUUUUCCUCUAUUCUUCGUGAAGAGUGAGUUGGCUAUUCUUGGCCCUUUGCACUUCCAUAUACAUUUUAGAGUCGACUUGUCAAGUUCCACACACAAAUGACACUAGUCCAUUUUGUAUUACUAAAAUGAGAAAUCAGAGACAGGGUAAAUUUACAAAUAAAAGGAAUGUAUUUAUCUCACGGUUUGGGAGGUGAGCUGAUGGUGCUGACAUCCACUCCACUCUGGUGAGGGCCUUCUCAGCUGUGUUACCUCUUAGUGGAGAUACAUGUGUGAGGAAGCAAUCUUAUCUCCAAACAGGAAGCAGAGAGAGGACCAGAGGUCCCUUCAGGCUUUCUUACCACUCACUUCCCCGAGAACUCACCCCAGGAGACCAGGGUGCCCUUGGGGGACAGCACCCCCAGUGGCUAAGGACCCCCUAGCAGGCUCUGCCUAAUAAAGGCUCCAUCAGCUCCCAUGUGCCACACUGGGUGGGACCAGGCUCCUAACUGACACAUGAAACUUAGGAGGACAAACCACAUCUGAAUCCUAGCGCGUGCACACAUACUCAUACACACACACACGUACACAUAGAUGUAUAUUGGGAUUUGAUUUGGAAGUAGACAGGUAGAUCAAUUCAGGGAGGAUGCCUUUUUCAUAAGUGUACCCAAGUUUUAUUAAUUUUUUUUCAGGUGUGUGGUAUUUUUGCUAUUACAAAUAUAUUUUAUAUUAUUUAUUGUCUGUUGCUAGGAUGUAGAGUUACAUUUUGCUUUUUUUGUGACAAAAUACACAAACAUCAAACUGACCAUUUCAACCAUUUGAAAGUGUACAAUGCAGUGACAUUUAUUUUGAUCACCACAUUCCACAGCUGUCACCACUAUUUAAUUCACUUUUAUGUUUGAUUUUGUACCCUACUUAUCUCUUAUUUUACUAAUUUAUUUGUGGAUUCUUUUAGAUUUUCUCUAUAUCUGCAAAAAAUUAUCACUUUCUUCCUAAUUCUUACUUCUUCAGUUUCUUUUUUCUGCCCAAAUGAGAAUGGGAUGAUAUAAGUAAAAGAAUUAUCAUGAGGUUUAGCAGAGGCCAGUGUCAUGGAGGCCUUACAGUGACCCCAUGGGCAGUGAUUUAUUAGAAGGACUCACAAGACUCAAGACAUAGUCAUACUCAUGGCUAAUAUUUAUUACAGCAAAAGAAUGCAAAGUUACAUCAGUAAAAGGCAAAGCCCGAAAAGUCCUGGUGUUGCUAAGAGUCACCUCCUGUGGGGUCACUUCGGACAUACUUUGUUCCUCUGGAGGCAAGUUCCGGUAACCCGAGGGCCGCUCCUUGGAAACUCAGUGCUCAGAGUCUUCCUCAGAAGCUGGCAGGCACCUUCUGCCCCAUGCAUUACCGAAGUUCUACACUUCCAGAAGGACUGCAGACCAAGGUGCCUGCACAUGUUGCCUUCCUUUACCACACAGAGAAGGUUUCCUGUCAACACAGGGGCUGUGGACCAAGCAGAGCCCCUUUGUACAGAUGGUCCUCUCUGGCCUUGUGUGUACUCUCCCCUGCAGGUAGCCACCAACGGUUUGCUGUGCAUUCACACUGAGCAGCAUCGUAGCUAACGCCAUAAAUGUUGGUGCCUUUAAAGGCAGAGAAGUCACUGCAUAGCACUGCACAGAGCCAUCGUAGAAGAAGGUGGGCCCUAGACCUGCCUCUGGAACCAGUCGUUUAUUUGGAGCCCUGGAGUCCCUUUUCUGCUCAUCCUCCUUGACGUUCCUUCGGGGCAGCUUCAAUUCUCCCUUUUUCCCUGCUCAAAGGGUGCACAGCCUUUGAGAAGGGGAUUUCUUCUUUGUCCUGUAGCACAAAUGGUGUUGAGACCGGGAGAUAGACAACAAUAGACAGUUAGGACAGGGACCUGAGUAAACACAGAUAAGCCCUGGGAAAACCGGAACACAAGGGAAAGCACUCACUGAAGGGGGACGAGAAACUGUCAGAGGCCUGGCUUAAAACGACAAGCGCGUGGUUUCAAAGGACAAGGGCCCUGGUCAACUGAGAUAUAUCCUGAGAAGUUGGGGUGCAAGGGAAGCCUGCUCUUCCCGACCUCACAAGCCUAGCAAAAAGCAAAACCACAUUGUUUCAACGAGUGCGUAUAAACUCCUGAACUGGGCGCUUCCUCGGCAUCCUCCCUUGCAGCCCCUCUUGGUUAGCAAGAGCUUUUCUUUGUUCUUUCUAAUAAACUAUACUUGGUUCAUUUCCCACUGCUGUGCCUAUAGACCUCAUACUACACCAUUUUCAAGACAAGAGCCAGAAGUAGUAAUUUUCAUGUAUUUCUUAUGGAAUGCACUCAUAAAAAAGACUUUUAAGAAAUUGUGGAUGUGAAUACAUUUCUCAAAUAAAAUUUAAAUUGUAAAAUAGUUUUAUAAUAAACUAUUUACAUUGAUUAAUAUUUUAAUAUGGAUGGAAGUUGCAUAGAUGCAAAUAAAUUAAAAUCAAUGCUAAAUGCUAAAUGUUUUACCUAAGUAGUUUUUCAAGAAACGGUUAUAAACAUGUUUAUUAAAUGGCUCUAACAUGGAGCUUGUGGUAUUUCAAAUCAGUAUUCAUAAUUUGUGUGUGUGGAAAGCUUGUACUACUUUGCCUCUUUACACUACAAUUUGCUAUUGUGAGACUCUAGACUGUGUUCAACUGAAUAAGAACUUUUUUCCUUAAUGUUGAUUGAGUAUAAUGUUGAUUAGUAUUUUAUGAUUUCAAGAUGAUCAUCAUGUCAUGUCUUUAUCGCAUUUUAUAACAUUUGAAAAAACUUAAUUUCCAGUUCUUUAAGUUGCAAUUUUCAUGUAACUAAAAACAUGUUUAUUUUUAGAAUUUGGAAUAUUGUAGAAUGAAAGAAAACUAGAAUAGAACAUUGAAAGAUUUCAUUGUGAAAUUACAGAAAUUUUGUCCACUAUUUUAAUGUGCUGUCAUCAUUUAGUACUAUUUAAUCUUAGAAUUUGACACUGAAAAGUUGAUUUACUUUAAAAAAAAAAAAAAAAA